GAAGCAGGGGGCGGAGGCCGCUGUGCAGUCAGCCUGGCUGUGGGCGGCUCCUGCCUGCUCCGUCCAGCUGGAGACAGCCCCGUGGGGCCAGCCAGCGCUGGGCCAGGAGCGGCCACCUGGUUCCUGCGUGCUACGGCCCUGUGGGCCUGGGAGCUGCCUCUGAGGAACACGCCGCAGGGCCAGGCAUGUGAAGUCUCUGCGGGUCAUGGAGAACCUCCCUGCCGUGACCACUGAGGAGUCGACCCCCAUGGGGAGGGGUCCUGUGGGACCCUCAGGAGGUGGCAGCAGCCGGGACCAGGUCCGGACUGUGGCCAUGAGGCCCUCUGUGAGCUGGGAGAAAGCGGGGCCCGAGGAGGCCAAGGCGCCGGUGAGAGGCGACGAGGCUCCUCCUGCCUGCGUGGCUGGGCCUGCUGCUGGGACCCCUCCCUGCCAGAUGGGGGUUUAUCCCACAGACCUGACCCUGCAGCUGCUGGCUGUGCGGAGGAAGAGCGGACUGCAGGACCCCGGCCUACAGCAGACCCUCCGGGGCCAGCUCCGCCUGCUGGAGAAUGAUAGCCGGGAGAUGGCCCGCGUGCUUGGGGAAUUAUCAGCCAGGCUGCUGUCCAUCCACAGUGACCAGGACCGGAUCGUGGUGACGUUUAAGACUUUUGAAGAAAUCUGGAAGUUUUCCACCUACCACGCUCUCGGCUUCACUCAUCACUGCCUGGCAAACCUGCUCAUGGACCAGGCCUUCUGGCUGCUCUCACCCAGUGAGGAGGAGGAGACGGCCAUCCAAGUCCAUGUGGAUGAGAACGCCUUAAGGCUGACCCACGAGAGCCUCCUCAUCCAAGAAGGGCCCUUCUUUGUCCUGUGUCCUGACCACCAUGUGAGAGUGAUGACGGGUCCCCGGGAUGCAGGAAAUGGCCCCCAGGCCCUCAGGCAGGCUUCGGGGGCACCCCAGGGAGAGGCGGCCCCGGAAACAGACUCUUCACCGCCGAGCCCCAGCGUGUCCUCCGAGGAGGUGGCAGUGGCGGCCGCCCCAGAGCCUUUGAUUCCAUUUCAUCAGUGGGCUCUUAGGAUCCCCCAGGACCCCAUCGACGAUGCCAUGGGUGGCCCUGUGAUGCCCGGCAACCCGCUGAUGGCUGUGGGCCUGGCCUCGGCAUUGGCAGACUUCCAGGGCUCGGGGCCCGAAGAGAUGACCUUCCGAGGUGGCGACCUCAUCGAGAUCCUUGGGGCGCAGGUGCCCAGCCUGCCCUGGUGCGUGGGCCGACACGCAGCCUCGGGCCAGGUGGGGUUUGUGCGGAGCAGCCUCAUCAGCAUGCAGGGCCCCGUGUCCGAGUUGGAAAGUGCGAUUUUUCUCAAUGAGGAAGAAAAGUCAUUCUUCAGCGAGGGCUGCUUUUCUGAGGAGGAUGCCAAGCAGUUGCUGAGGCGGAUGUCGGGCACCGAUGUCUGCAGCGUGUACAGCCUGGACUCAGUAGAGGAAGCUGAGACCGAGCAGCUGCAGGAAAAAGAAAUACCUCCACCUUGCCUGAGCCCGGAGCCACAGGAGACCUUGCAGAAGGUGAAGAAUGUUCUGGAACAAUGCAAGACCUGCCCAGGCUGCCCCCAGGAGCCAGCGUCCUGGGGUCUCUGUGCGGCAUCCAGCGUCGUGAGUUUGCAGGACCCAGAGGAGCCCUCCUUCUGCUUGGAAGCUGAGGACGACUGGGAGGACCCAGAGGCCCUGAGCUCACUGCUGCUGUUCCUGAAUGCCCCCGGGUACAAGGCCAGCUUCUGUGGCCUGUACGAUGUGGCACUGCCGUGGCUGAGCAGCGUGUUCCGCAGCUUCAGCGACGAGGAGGAGCUGACUGGGCGCCUGGCACAGGCCCGGGGGGCGGCCAAGAAAGCUGGCCUCCUCAUGGCCCUGGCCAGGCUCUGCUUCCUCCUGGGGCGGCUGUGCAGCAGGAGGCUCAAGCUGUCCCAGGCCCGGGUGUACUUUGAGGAAGCGCUGGGGGCCCUGGAGGGCAGCUUCGGGGACCUGUUCCUGGUGGUGGCUGUGUACGCCAACCUGGCCAGUAUUUACCGGAAGCAGAAGAAUCGGGAGAAGUGUGCACAGGUGGUGCCCAAAGCCAUGGCCCUGCUCCUGGGGACGCCCAACCACAUCUGCAGCACCGAGGCGGAGGGGGAGCUCCUGCAGCUGGCGCUGCGGCGGGCGGUGGGUGGCCAGAGCCUGCAGGCCGAGGCCCGGGCCUGCUUCCUGCUGGCCAGGCACCACGUGCACCUCAAGCAGCCCGAGGAGGCCCUGCCCUUCCUAGAGCGGCUGCUGCUUUUGCACAGGGACUCGGGAGCCCCAGAGGCCGUGUGGCUCUCAGACUGCUACCUACUCCUGGCUGACAUCUACAGCCGCAAGUGCCUGCCCCACCUGGUGCUGAGCUGUGUCAAGGUGGCCUCAUUGCGGACACGGGGCUCACUGGCCGGCUCGCUGAGGAGUGUGAACCUGGUGCUCCAGAACGCCCCCCAGCCCCACAGCCUCCCUGCCCAGACUUCCCACUACCUCAGGCAAGCGCUGGCCUCCCUGACCCCGGGCACGGGCCAGGCGCUGCGCGGCCCCCUCUACGCCAGCUUGGCCCAGCUGUACAGCCACCAUGGCUUCCACGGCCCGGCCAUCACCUUCAUGACGCAGGCAGUGGAAGCCAGUGCUGUUGCCGGAGUCCGUGCCAUCGUGGACCACCUGGUGGCCCUGGCCUGGCUGCACGUGCUUCAUGGGCAGAGCCCGGUGGCCCUGGACAUCCUGCAGUCUGUCCAGGAUGCGGUGGUGGCCAGCGAGGACCAGGAGGGUGUGAUUGCCAACAUGGUGGCCGUGGCUCUGAAGAGGACCGGCCGGACGAGGCAGGCAGCCGAGGGCUACUACCGCGCCCUGCGGGCGGCUCGUGACCUGGGCCAGCAGAGGAACCAGGCAGUGGGGCUGGCCAACUUCGGGGCCCUGUGCCUGCAUGCGGGUGCCAGCAGGCUGGCCCAGCACUACCUCCUGGAGGCCGUGCGGCUGUUCUCGAGGCUGCCCCUCGGGGAGUGUGGCCGGGACUUCACCCACGUGCUCCUGCAGCUGGGCCACCUCUGCACCCGCCAGGGCCCGGCCCAGCAGGGCAAGGGCUACUACGAGUGGGCCCUUCUGGUCGCCGUGGAGAUGGGCCACGUGGAGAGCCAGCUGCGGGCCGUCCAGCGGCUGUGCCACUUCUACAGAGCCGUCAUGCCCAGCGAGGCCCAGUGUGUCAUCUACCAUGAGCUCCAGCUCUCCCUGGCCUGCAAGGUGGCUGACAAGGUGCUGGAGGGGCAGCUCCUGGAGACCAUCAGUCAGCUCUACCUGUCCCUGGGCACCGAGCGGGCCUACAAAUCCGCACUGGACUACACCAAACGAAGUCUGGGGAUUUUCAUUGACCUCCAGAAGAAAGAGAAGGAGGCGCAUGCCUGGCUGAAAGCAGGGAAGAUCUAUUACAUCUUGCGGCAGAGCGAGCUGGUGGACCUCUACAUCCAGGUGGCACAGAAUGUGGCCCUGUACACAGGCGACCCCAACCUGGGGCUGGAGCUGUUUGAGGCGGCUGGAGACAUCUUCUUUGACGGGGCCUGGGAGCGGGAGAAAGCUGUGUCCUUCUACCGGGACCGGGCCCUGCCCCUGGCAGUGACUACGGGCAACCGCAAGGCGGAGCUGCGGCUGUGCAACAAGCUGGUGGCACUGCUGGCCACGCUGGAGGAGCCCCAGGAGGGCUUGGAGUUUGCCCACAUGGCCCUAGCACUCAGCAUCACCCUGGGGGACCGGCUGAACGAGCGCGUGGCCUACCACCGGCUGGCUGCCCUGCAACACCGGCUGGGCCACGGCGAGCUGGCAGAGCACUUCUACCUCAAGGCCCUGUCGCUCUGCAACUCGCCGCUGGAGUUUGACGAGGAGACCCUCUACUACGUGAAGGUGUACCUGGUGCUCGGUGACAUCAUCUUCUACGACCUGAAGGACCCGUUUGAUGCAGCCGGGUACUACCAGCUGGCGCUGGCGGCCGCCGUGGACCUGGGCAACAAGAAGGCACAGCUGAAGAUCUACACGCGGCUGGCCACCAUCUACCACAACUUCCUCCUGGACCGUGAGAAGUCGCUCUUCUUCUACCAGAAGGCCAGGACCUUCGCCACAGAGCUCAAUGUCCGCAGGGUUAACCUGCCUCCUCUGCCACUCUGCGGGCCACUGUGCGCGGAGGUGGGGGCUGCUAGUGUCCCCAUUCGCCAGUGAAGAAAUAGAGGCACGGAGAGGUUAACUGUCUGGCCCACCAUCACACAGACGCAGAGCCCAGUGCGCUGACCAUCACACCACCCUGCCGGCCUGCUGCCAGGAAGGUGCCCCCAUUAGGACCCAAGGUCAGUUCCUUGUGGUGUCAGGAGAGCCACAGGCCAGUGAGGGUGGCCCAGGGGAUCCCCCACUAAGUGUCCUCUGGUCCCAGACUUGGCUGGGCUGAGCCUGACCAGUCCCACCUCCGGCCACUGGUCAGUCCUGCGGGAAGUGAGAUGCAGGGAUCUCUGCCUGUGUAGACGCUGCUGCCCAGUGUUGAAAGCCUUUUCUGGGCUGCCCCUCAGCCCUCCCCACGUACCCCUCCCCUUCCGGCCCCCGGCCCUCAUCUCAGUCCCCAGGAAUCCCAGGUUUUCCUUCUUGGAAUCUCUUGGCCUCAGGAAACACGGCUCACACGGUCUCUUCGCCCAUUUACGGCAAGGAAACCGAGGUUCAGAGACUGUGGGUGCCCCACGUGAUUCUCACAAACACUGCACUCUCCCAGGCCCCUCUUUUAAACACUUUUAAAAUGAGGUGACAUUCACAUCGUAUGAAAUUAACUAUUUCAACGUGAAUAAUGUGGUGGCAUUUGUGCAUUCACAGUGCUGUGCACUCACCCACGCCGUCUAGUUUCAAAAGGCAUUCAUCUCCCCAGAAGAAACCUCCCGUCCUCAUUAAGCAGUUACCCCUCCUUGGUAUCCCCCAAGCCCCUCUCCUGGGGUCCGAAGAGGGACUUGCCAGUAAUCGGAGCUCUGAUAAUAAGGAAUCAGGCACCCACUGCUGGUCCAGGCCUGGGUUGGUUUUCCACCCAGCAGAGGUGGCAGAGCCGGGAGGGUCUGGGAGCGCUACAGGGGAGCCCCAUGCUUGCUGCCGGAGCCCUGCCCCGAGCCUCCCCACCAGGGGGCAGCAGAGAGCUUUCCAGAACCGGCCGCGGGGCUGGAGGGAAGCAGUGGCUCAGAGCUGCUGACAAACCUCAUGUUGAAUCCAGACCGCUGUCUCUGUGGGUUGGGCUUGGGAAUUGGAGAGGAGGCCGCAUGAUUGGAAACAUGAAGACGGCACGGCCUGGCUGGAGCAGCGGGAAGCGCCAUCACGGUCACUGAGGACACAGACCUCCUGCCCGCCGGGCUGGGCCUGCAGCCAUUCCUCUCGGGGUGGGGUCUGCAGUUCCGGGUUGCUCUUGGGCCCCCGACCUGCCUCAGAGUCCUGGGGGCUUUGGGACUGUGCCUCCCCAUUUCCACCCACCCUGGCUGGUGCCAUCAGGGGCCUGGAUCCUGGGAUCCUGUUCCUCUCGGGCAGCAGAGCAUGGGGGACCAGAGGAAACAGUGGGUCUUCAAGCCCCACAUGCAAACCCCAGCCCACCACUCACAGUCUGGGGGUUCGGGGUGAGGGAGUUGAUUUCUCUGAGCCCCAGUUUGGUCACCACUAAAAUGAGACUGACAUACUGGGGCAGAGUGCCAGCCCCAGGGCCAAUAGAGGCCUGUUUCCUACUAACAAUACUUCUUACUCCUAAGAAAAGCUCCAACAACCACACGCUAUGGAACACUCAACCCAGGUCAACUUGUCAGAGGCGUGUGAACCAGAGCAACUCCAUCUUGAACAGGAGCUGGGUAAAAUGAGGCUGAGACCUGCCGGGCUGCACUCCCAGGAGGUUAGGCAUUCUAAGUCACAGGAUGAGAUAGGAGGUGGGCACAAGAUACGGGUCAUAAAGACCUUGCUGAUAAAGCAGGUUGCAGUAAAGGAGCCGGCCAAAGCCCACCAAGACCAAGGCGGCCACGAGAGCGACCUCUGAUUGUCCCCACGGCUCAUUGUGUGCUAAUUAGAAUGCAUUCGCUGCUAAAAGACACCCCCACCAGCACCAUGACAGUUUACAGAUGCCAUGGCAACAUCUGGAGGUUACCUCAUAAGGUCUCAAAAGGGAGGGGAGAAACUCUCAGUUCUGGGAAUUGCCCACCCUUUUCCUGGAAAACUCAUGAAUAGUCCACCCCUUGCUUAGCGUAUGAUCAAGAAAUAACCAUGAAAAUGGGCAACCAGCAGCCUUUGGGGCCGCUCUGCCUACGGAGUAGCCAUUCUGUUUUUUUUUUUUUUUUGAAAUGGAGUCUCGCUCUGUUGCCCAGGCUGCAGUGCAGUAGCGUGAUGUCGGCUCACUACAACCUCCGCCUCCCAGGUUCAACCAAUUCUCCUGCCUCAGCCUUUCUAGUAGCUGGGAUUACAGGAACCCGCCACCACGCCCAGCUAAUUUUUUGUAUUUUAGUAGAGACAGGGUUUUGCCAUGUCGGACCAGGCUGGUCUCAAACUCCUCACCUCAGGUGAUCCACCUGCCUCGGCAUCCCAAAGUUAUGGGAUUACAGGAGAGAGCCACUGUGCCUGGCCAGAGUAGCCAUUCUUUUAUUCCUUUUCUUUCCUAA